AUGACGGUGAAGAUUAUUUAUAUUACAAGGCAUGGUUAUAGGUCCAACUGGCUCCCACAUGGGCCAUAUCCACAACCACCCACGGGUGUCAACAGUGAUUUCCCACUAGCUGAACAUGGUUUGGAUCAGGCAAAGGAAUUGGCGCACUAUUUGUUGUCGAUUGAUAACCAACCAGAGCUGUUAUUUUCGUCUCCAUUUUUCCGCUGCUUACAGACAGCUGAGCCAAUUGCAGAGAUGUUGGAACUUCCCAUCUACACUGAUAGGGGUAUUAGUGAAUGGUAUAAGCCGGAUAGAGAAGUGAUUCCAGAGCCUGCUGGUUUUGAUGUCCUCAGCAAUUUCUUUCCUGAGAAAUUAAAGGAAGACUGGGAGCCAAGUGUGAUUCCCAGUAAGAAUGGUGAGUCAGAAGAAGAAAUAUUUGAUCGGUGCAAAAGUUUUUGGCACAUAUUUAUCUCAAGAGUGGAAGCAAGGUUUCCUGAUGUCGAGAAUAUUAUGCUUGUUACGCAUGCUGCCACGAAAAUUGCUUUAGGAAUGAGUCUUCUGGGUUUUAACAAUUGCCGACAAGCAAUUGAUGGGGAUGGGACUAUUAUUCGAAGUGGUGCUUGUUCACUGGAUAAAUACGAGUUAUUAAACCAGGAUGAUGAUAUAAAUUUUGACCAAAGACACUGGAAGAUGACCAUGAAUGGUAAUACAGAAUUCCUCAAGCAUGGCGAAGAAAUGCAUUGGGAUUUUAGAAGUGGGUUUGAGGCUGGCUCUGACGCUGACAUUAAGGCUAGACAGAAUAGGCAACGAGGUGAGGGAGAUCCUAGUGCAGAAUCGGCUGACUCUGAGGAAGUAGAACAUGUCUACCUAAGUCUUGAUAUUCCUAACCAUAAUUAUCGUGAACGAAACGAAGUUGAUCACACGGCUACUCUACAAUACUCAGGGUUGGAGCAAGACAGACCGUUAAUAAAAAUUGGCGAUAAUUUGUAUCAAGGCUCUUGGAAGAAACUAGUUGGUACAGAAUUAGCGUUUCCUGAUGCAGCUACCACCAAAAGAAGAGUGAAUGAUCAGAAACAUGAAGAUACUAGUGGUUAUAAUGACGAACAAGGACUAAAUAAAACUGCCAUCACUGAACAAAAGGAUAUAUCCGAGCGGAUAUAUAGAAUUGUAGAUCACUUGGAGCUUACAGAAGUGGAGCAUGUUUAG